AUGUUAGUAACACCUCGAACUGUACAACUGGGGUUAUGCUAUCUGAAAAUAAUUGUUGGAAUCAUCGGAGGAACCGGUUUUGAGGACCCAAAAAUAUUUAGCAAUGCACAGGAGUACAAAGUGAAUACACCAUUCGGUUCGCCAUCAGAUGUUUUGAUCGAAGGGAAAAUAGGCGAUACUACCUGUAUUCUUCUGUCACGUCAUGGUCGGGAACAUAAUACAUCUCCAACAAAUAUUAACUAUCGAGCAAAUUUGUGGGCUCUUAUGGAACAAGGUAGAAUUUCGUUGCACUGA